AUGUCUGACUACGACAAGUACACCACCCCGUUGUCGCUGCGGUAUGCCUCGGAAGAGAUGCUGCGCAUCUUCUCUCUCCGCAACCGGUUCCUGACCUGGAGAAAGUUGUGGCUCAACCUCGCCAUCGCCGAGAAACAAGUCGGUCUCGACAUGAUCACCGACGAGGCGAUCGACCAGAUGAAGCAGCACCUUGAAAUCACUGAUGAUGAGAUCAAGGCGGCGCUGAAACAAGAGGCGAUCGUUAGACACGACGUCAUGGCCCACGUCCACGUGUUUGGCGAGACGUGCCCCGCCGCCGCCGGCAUCAUCCACUUGGGGGCGACGCUGUGCUACGUCACCGACAACGCCGACUUGAUCUUCUUGCGCGACGCCUACGACGUCAUCAUCCCCAAGUUGGUCAACGUCAUCGACCGGUUGCUGAAGUUUGCCCUCGAAUACAAGGAUAUGCCCGUGUUGGGGUGGACCCACUUCCAGCCGGCCCAGUUGACGACGGUGGGCAAGCGGGCGACGUUGUGGAUCCAGGAAUUGUUGUGGGACUUGCGUAACUGCGUGCGGGCCCGCAACGACUUGGGUUUGCGUGGGGUCAAGGGCACCACCGGCACCCAGGCGUCGUUCCUCGCCCUUUUCCACGGCGACCACGACAAAGUGGAGGAGCUCGACGCCACCCUCGUCAAAUUGCUUGGCUUUGACUACGCUUACCCCGUCACCGGCCAAACUUACUCGCGUAAGAUCGACAUCGACGUCCUCGCCCCGUUGGCGCUGUUGGGGGCCACCGCCCACAAGUUUGCUACUGACGUGCGGUUGUUGGCCAAUUUGAAGGAGAUGGAAGAGCCGUUUGAAAAACUGCAGAUCGGGUCGCUGGCGAUGGCCUACAAGCGCAACCCCAUGCGCCUGGAACGGGUGUGUUCGUUGGCCCGCCACUUGGGCGGGUUGUUUAACGACGCCUUGCAGACGGCGUCGGUGCAAUGGUUCGAACGGACGUUGGACGACUCCGCCAUCCGCCGCAUCUCGCUCCCGCUGGCGUUUUUGACCGCCGACAUCUUGUUGCUGACGAUGCUCAACAUCUGUCUGGGGCUCGUGGUGUACCCUAAGGUGAUCGAGCGCCGUAUCAACGCCGAGUUGCCGUUCAUGGCCACGGAAAACAUCAUCAUGGCCAUGGUGGAAAAGGGGGCGCUGAGACAAGAAUGCCACGAAGAAAUCCGGGUGUUGUCGCACCAGGCGCUGGCGGUGGUCAAGCAGGAAGGUGGCGACAACGACUUGAUCGAACGUAUCAAGGCCACCAAGUACUUCGAGCCUAUUUGGGCCGAAUUGGACACCUUGUUGGACCCGCUGACGUUUGUCGGUAGAGCCCCGCAACAGACGGAGAAGUUCGUCAAUAACGACGUCAAGCAGGCGUUGGCGCCCUACCAGGAUAUGGUGACGGCGGAAGAGGUCAAGUUGGCCGUUUAG